ACCCCUAAUCAUUUUCGUUGCCCUCCACUGGACUCUCUCCAAUUUGUCCAUAUCCCUGCUGUAAUGGGAGGACCAAAAUUGGACGCAGUACUACAGAUCUGAGUAGAGGGGAAUGAUCAUGUCACUCGAUCUGCUGGCAGUGCCCCUACUAAUACAGCCCAAGGUGCUGUUGGCCUUCUUGGAAACAAGGGCACACUGCUGUCUCACAUCCAUAUUGUGCUGCUUUGUUUCAGUACAAAAGAAAUCCUAGACAAAGCAUCCUGAAAAAAAGGAAACAUUCAGUCUGGACAUUUCCAGAAUUAAAUGUUUUGGUUUUUUUCAAUUCAAAGUGUCCUUUUGUUUCAAAGUUGACUGCAAUUUUUAUUUGAAACCAUUUUUAAAAUGAUAUUAAAUGCUUGAAGAUGAACCAAAACCAUUUUUGUUUGGCUUUUCAGUUGGACAAGAAAUUGGGCCAACUGAAAACAACCCUCCCCAUCCCACCCCGAUAUUUUAAAACUGCAAGUGAACCAAAGAUCUGUUAUUUGUGCAGCUCUGUUGCCUGGUGCUCCACCCUACACCGAAUCUCCUGUUAUUUCUUUUCCUUCCUCAUUUCAGUCUUGACUUUCUCCUCCUCCCCCCCAGCAGUACUCUCCGUGUCAGCCGUGAGAAGCUCCGUUCAGCUCCAAGCCCGGCCCCGUGGGCCUCCCAGCAUCAGGAUGGUUUCCUUCAUCCUCUGCCUUCUCCCUGCUCUCCUAGCUACAAUGAGUGCACAAGCAUCAACCCUGACAUGCAAAACCUGUGCUGGUUCAGCAGAUGCCUGUCGUACUGCUCAAGGGACCUGCAGAGUAGACAAGGCUACAGGUGGCUGCUAUUCGACGGCAGAAGAAAUUACACUGGAUGGGGAAAAGACCAUGGGCUUCUCUAGUGGCUGUUUAGAGGACUAUAAUAUUGGCAUAAAAGGCCCCAUCACUGUCACUGUUGGGAGUGACACACAUCUGCAGACCAACACCUCCCUGUGCAACACAGACAAUAACUGUAACUCGGCCGUACCGGAAGUGCCCACGGGGAGCACCACCGAGAACGGGCUGCAGUGUCCAACCUGCCUGGAUCUGAAUUCCGCUACCUGCACCAGCACAAUCGCCCCUUGCACAGGGGAUGAGACCUAUUGCAUCGAUUUCACUGGGAAGAUACUGAAUGGUUCAUCUCCUUUGCCAUUUGCUGCAAAAGGCUGCACUACAGAGUCCACAAAAGAGAUUAAAUCUGGAACCUUCCUGUCUUCAGGACCCAACAUAUACCUCUUUUCAGGGGCAACCUACGUUCCGGCAGAGAAAGCACCCACCACUCCCUCCCCUACAAAUACCACCCUCUCCAAAACAACCCGCAGUGGGGCCAGCCCAGCGCUGGGGAAAUUCUCCUUUGCCCUCUACCUGCCUGGCCUGACUGGGCUGCUGCUGGUGAAGCUGCUCUCCUGACCCCGCCUGGCACGGCCCACGCAGCACCUGAUUCCUGCGUGUUGCAGCCCGAGCUCUGAAUUGUACGUUAAUUCUAUUGAUUAUUCACAAAUUCCCAGUGAUCACUGGGACGUCUGACAGGUUCUGGUCCCUAGAUCUGUCCCAGUGUUUCGCAGCUCUUACAUUGUAGGAACCCUUCUGUCUUUGUAAUAGUUUAUUAACACACGUAGCGGAGUCCCAAACGCUCCAGCCCAGCACGGGGACAGCGAUGCCACUCAAUGUCUGUCUGCCCGUCCCCACACACCAUCCCUUGCAGAACAACCAGAAACAUUAACCACUGUCUUCUUCCUCACCAUCACCUUCCUCAUCGUCCCCCAUGGCCUUGAUCCGGGCAGCCCCCAAAUGCUGCAUCUCGCUCGCCUCCUGCCCACAGGUUGAUACAACUUUUCUAAUAUGUACUUCCAAUGCCACUGUGCCUAAUGCCUAUUCAGUAGGGGCUUCUCCCCUCCUCCUUAUCUGUAUCUCCUCACCCUGCUGAUGUCGGGGUCCCUUCUCCUGUAGGUUAGGAUGUUACUGAUCUCACCUUAUUCUCAGACACGUCAAUUCCUUGCCAUGGCCGGCUUGUGGUCAGACAUCUGCAGACGUUCCCAUCCUACAAUAUCCCAAAGCUGGCGUUAUCUCACGUCCCUGUGGCUGGCUGGUGUCGUUAUGAAGAAACCUCCCCCUUAAACACUCUGUUCCCAGGAUCCUCAAAUGUACGGGUGACCGUUGGGCCAUUUAUCUGUGCCAAAGUUCAGAGGCCCCCGAAGCCUCAUGUUAUGUUCAAGUUAUCUGUUGCUGAGCCAUGUAAGAAUUUGCUUGUUUUUCUGUGUAUGUGUGUGUGUGAGUAUAUAUAUAAUCUGAAUUAAAAAUCUACAUUCCAAGCACA